CGCCGCUCUCGCGUAGAGUCCUCGCCUUUUUUUAUACACAAUUAAGUAAAUAAACUAGCUUCUUUGUCUUAAUUAGGACCAUUACCCGAAGGCAGCGAGUGAAACAACAGUCCCUGUUUAUCGUGGUAUGCUGUUUGAGUAGUGGCUGGGACUGUAGCAGGCAUUUUAUUACCCAUUUUAACUUUACUAAGCGGCGUUUUCCGCCGUUUUUUUCCUCUCCGCCUCCCCGCUCCGCUCACUCUCCCCCCGUGUGUGUGUGUGUGUGUGUGUGUGUGUGUGUGCGUGUGUGAGUAGCGGCCUGUAACGGUGGUUUGGCCACGAGGCGAGUCGGUACAGUUGGAUCAGGGCGAUGGCGGAGUUCGGUAACGGACUGGCGGAGGAGUCUCUACUAGAUUCAGACCCUGGACAUCCCGAGCUGGAAGACCCGGGUGUCGGCGACGAAGAACCGGGGUUAGAAGAGGGAGAGGCCGCGAUUGAAGACCCGGAGCUGGAGGCAAUCAAAGCCCGGGUGAGAGAGAUGGAGGAAGAGGCAGAGAAGCUGAAGGAGCUACAGAACGAGGUGGAGAAACAGAUGAAUCUCAGCCCCCCACCAGUCGGUCCUGUCAUCAUGUCCAUCGAGGAAAAGAUGGAAGCAGAUGGCAGAUCUAUUUAUGUCGGAAAUGUUGACUACGGUGCCACAGCAGAAGAGCUCGAGGCUCACUUUCAUGGCUGCGGUUCAGUAAACAGAGUCACCAUCCUAUGUGACAAAUACACAGGGCAUCCUAAGGGAUUUGCCUAUAUCGAGUUUGCAGACAAAGAGUCUGUUAGGACAGCCAUGGCUUUGGACGAGUCCCUUUUCAGAGGAAGGCAGAUAAAGGUGGGCGCUAAGAGAACAAACAGACCAGGCAUCAGCACCACAGACCGCGGCUUUCCACGGGCUCGAUUCCGAUCACGGGGAGGAAGCUUCUCGUCACGUGCGCGCUACUACAGCGGCUACACGCCACCCAGAGGCAGAGGACGGGCCUUCAGGGGCCGAGGGCGAACAACAUCGUGGUAUUCCCCUUACUAAACACCCCCCCACCCCUCCCCUCCCCAACACUCCCCUUUACUAUCAACUCCCCUUCCCCUCUCUGUUCCCCCAUUUUAAAAAAACAACACACACAAUGAGAGAGAAAAAAAAAGAAAAAAGAAAGUCCCUUUCCCCAACAAUAAAAGAAGAGAACCCCCCCAGAAGAGAGAAAAAAAAAAAGACAAAAAAAGGAAAAAAAAAACCCAAAACAAAACACUUCUUCUGGACAGAGAGACUGACUGGCCGCAGUGUGCGAUUGUGUGUGAGCGUGCGUGUGCGGAGGUUGAUGCGGUCACCCCUGGUAAGGUAUAAGUUGACCAUUUGGGGGAGAACAUGGUGGCAGUUUUUCUUUAUUUUUGUUGGUAUUUUGGAAGGGGGAGGGAGGGGGGGGCAAGUGGGGAGGGGGAGGAAUGAUGGUAUCUCAGGCUGCAGAUGUGUCUCCUUUGGUCUGGCUGUGACCUCCUGCUUUCACACCAUCACCAACACAGCCCACCCACUCACCCACCACCAAUACAAGGAAGGAAAAAAAAAAGAAAAGAAAAAAGAAAAAAAACGAGGGAGGGGGGCAGCAGGAACAAGAAAGAAUACUGUGUUCUGUUUUUUUUGUUUUUUGUUUUUAAUGUACCGUACAUGUGUGAAACUUCUGCUAGUCAGAGUAUUGUUGUGUUUUAAGUUUGUGGCUUGGAGUAUAUCAUUACCUCCCCACCCACCCAACCACCCUCCACCCCCCUUAUGUGUCCGCCGUUCUCUGCCUCUGUCAUCCCUACCCUCCACCCCCCCUGCCCCCCGUCUCCCUGCAUUUUAUAACUCAUUUACCUCAACCCCCACCCCCUUCUGUGGCUCAUCACACUAUGGAUUGUUUUUCACUGUCUGCACUGCUCUCUGGACAGUGACGGACCUUCAGUGUUCAGUGGGAUUAUACAUCCAUAAUUUUUUUUUCUCCCCCACCCUCCACCCUAUUUUAUGGAGGGGAGGGGGGGGGGGGGGGCUUCUUCGCUGUGCGGCCAACUCCCCCCCCCCCCACCACCGCUCGUCCAUACCUGUCACCUCCAACUCAGGCAUGGCCGCAGCAUGUUUUAUGCUUCUUUUUUUUUUUGACAGGCAUCAAUGUUUUUAUUUCGUGCAAACCCCCCCCCACCUCCUUCCAUCCCCACCCCCCUUUUCCCCCUCCCUCUGUGCUCCUUGUCUCCCGUCUCCCCUCCUCCUCCCCCUCCCCUCCUCCUCUCUCUGUAUAUUAGACCACUUCUUGUCGUUUCAGGUUUCAGGACCAGUGGAGGCUGACGACCCCUCCCCAGGUGGCGCAGGCCCCCCCCACUGUCUCUGCAGCGUCUCUCUCUCUCUCUGCUCCCGCUAUGCACACUCACCCCAUCCUGUCCGUGUGGGGGGGUGGGGGAGGGGG